AAGACAAGAGGAAAUAAGAAAGAAAAAGCAGUAAAGCGAACCGUGUUUUGAGUGCGUGAAAAAAACAUUGCAAAGACGACACAGACCGGGUAAAAGUAAAACCAUCGACGAUCAACAACACACUCUUUGACUCCUUCAUACUCAACCAACCCCGCACAUCUUAAAUAUGAUCAAAUUGCCAAAGACUUGCUCACCCAGAUGGCGAACCCGAAAGUUGUGGUUAUUGGUGGCGGAAUUGCUGGCUCCUACAUUGCUAAAUCCCUUCAGUUUCACUCCAAUCUCACCCUUAUUGAUCCGAAGGAAUAUUUAGAGAUUCCAUGGGCGAGCUUAAGAGGAAUGGUGGAACCCGGUUUUGCAGAGAGAUCUUUGAUCCAGCAUAAGGAUUAUUUAACUGGAUCGCGUCUCAUCGUAUCCAACGCUGUUGACAUACGUGAAUCCGAAGUCCUCACAUCCGAGGGACGAUUGAUCCCUUAUGAUUAUCUUGUUAUAGCUACGGGUCAUGGCGAUCCACUACCCAAAACUAGAGCUGACAGACUUAAACAGUAUCAAGCAGAAAAUGAAAAAAUUAAAGCUGCUCAAUCAAUACUGAUAGUUGGAGGUGGGCCAACUGGAGUAGAACUUGCAGGGGAAAUUGCAGUUGAUUUUCCAGAAAAGAAGAUGACAUUAGUGCAUAACGGGUAUCGGUUGCUUGAAUUUCUUGGGCCGAAAGCUUCCAAGAAGACGUUAGAUUGGCUAACAUCGAGACGCGUUGAAGUGAAACUGGAGCAAACUGUAAAUUUGGAGGGUGUUGCAGAAGAAGGAAGCAAAGUGUAUAAAACUUCAGCUGGCGAAAUUAUCAGAGCAGAUUGCCUUUUCUUGUGCACAGGGAAACCAUUGGCCUCAUCAUGGCUGAAGAACACCAUUCUAGGAGAUAGCUUAGAUGAUAAUGGGAGUUUAGUUGUUGAUGGAAAUUUGAGAGUUAAGGGCCGCAAAAAUAUUUUUGCAGUUGGAGACAUUACAAACAUCAAGGAAAUGAAGCAGGGUCAUUUGGCUAAAAAGCAAGCAUCAGCUGCAGCCAAAAACUUAAAAUUGGUGAUGAAUGGAGGAAGUGAAAGCAAGAUGGUAGCUUACAAGGUGAGUUCAACAACUAAAGCCAUUGUUUCCCUUGGAAGACAUGAUGCUGUGGCUCAGUUACAUCUUACCACAAUGAUUGGUUUAGUCCCUGGAUUACUUAAAUCCAAGGAUUUAUAUGUUGGGAAAACAAGAAAGGAAUUGGAUGUUGAUUCUUUUCUUCUUCAUUAAUCAAUUAUUGUGGGGUGUGUAAUUAUAUUGUAUACUCAUUUUGUUUAAUUUUGUUAUUCAAAUAUCAUUAAUUCUGCGUGUUGCCCAAUA